AACACAUUGGAGCUUCUCCUCCUGCUGACGAAUGUUCUGUGCGCCGGAAGUGGCGGCAUCAUGGCUUCAGAAGAAGAUGGAGGCAGUUCUCAGGUCUCCUCUGAUAUACAGCCUGGAGACCGGGGCAGCUUUCGGUGUGUCCUGUGCGGCGUCAAUGUCCCGAACCGCCCCAGCCUUGAUGAUCACAUACGUGGGCGACGCCAUAAGCGAAUGUGUGAGGAGCGUGACAAGCGCCAACAGCAGCAAGAGCGUAGUGUGUUUGUCAGUGGUUUCGCAAAAGGCACCACAGAAGAGCAGCUUAGAGAUGUCUUCCAGCCAAUAUCAUCUGUCAAGAAUAUUGUCAUUGACAAGGACAGGGGUCUUUUUGCCAUUGUUGAGUUUGAGAAUUCAGAUGGAGUGAGUGCUGCCCUUGAACAACAUGAUAUUAAACUAGAGGGGCAGCGACUAAAGGUUAAACCUCGAGAGAAAAAAGAGUUCAAGAAAAAGAGAACAGGAGUGCGAAGCUUGCAGCCUCCUGAUCAGGAAGCCCUGAGCAAGGAUCUUCUCCACUGCAAGGAUGUGCAAGAGCAGAUGAAGAGCGUAGUCACGCUGUGUUCUCCAUCUCGCCACGAAAGUCAUCUACGUGAGCUGCUUCUGUCUCUGCUGAAAGAAACCUUCACAGAGUUCUUUCCAGGCUGCCAACUUCACCCUUUUGGUUCUUCAGUAAAUGGCUUUGAGAUCAGUGGCUGUGACCUAGAUUUAUAUCUGGAACUUGGGGAAGUGUUGAAUGGGGAGAAAGAUAAUGUUGAAGAUGUAAGCUCAAAAGAAGAAGAUAUGGAUAAAGGUAUGAAGAAUGAGGGAGAUGGAGAAACUGUAGAUUGUGUAGAAGUGGAAGAAGUGCAGAAAGAUGAGAUAAUGGAAGCUGAAGAGACCAAGGAUGAUGAGGAUGAUGAUGAGGAGGAUGAUGAUGAUGAGACUUUAACUCCUGGCCUGUCCUUGAAGGGUCUUUCCAAUGAGGAAAUCCUUAAUGUAGUUGAGAGAGUUUUACGUCAGUGUGUUCCUGGAGUACACGGUGUUCAAAGUGUUCCUUCUGCACGGCGCCCGGUAAUACGCUUCCAACACAAGACUUCAGGACUCAGGGGAGAUAUCACUCUCAAUAACAGGCUUGCCUUGCGUAACUCCUACUACUUGCGUCUCUGUUCGGACUUGGACCCUCGCGUCCCACAGCUUGUAUACACUGUGAGAUACUGGGCUAGAGUAAACCAGCUAGCAGGUAACCCAUUAGGGGGUGGCCCCCUGAUGAAUAAUUACGCUUUGACAUUGCUUAUUAUUUUCUUCCUACAAUCAAGGAGCCCUGUGGUUAUUCCCAGUCUAAGCCAGUUGAAAGAGAUGGCUGCUGAUGAGGACACACAGGACAUUGACGGCUGGGACUGCACUUUCCCCUCUGAUCCCACACAAAUACAACCUAGUAAAAAUGAGCAGAGUCUUGGUUGUCUUCUAUCUGAGUUUUUCUCCUUUUUCGCUUCGCUGGAUUUACGUUCAAGCAUCCUCUGUCCUCGAGAUGGUGUAAUUCUCACUCUGCCUUUUACCUCCCCGCCUCCAUCUUGGGCUGAUGGUUUUCGCCUAGGUACAUUCAAUGUCCAGGAUCCGUUUGAAUUGAGUCACAAUGUCUGUAGCAAUGUCAGCUCAAAAACGGCUCGACACUUUAGCUCACAGUGUAUCAGUGCUGCAAAGACCUGUCGUUUACCUCUUUAUAGUGUACGGUCAUUAUCCCGUCCUUGGGGCAUAAUUUUAUUGUUGUUGCCUAAUUCUUCAGAGGGCAAGAAGAAAGAAGGUGUAGAAAUCUCCAUUCCUUUAACGGGGACUUCAUUGAAAGAUGUGACUUUAGCUGUAAAGAGGGUUCUAGUAGAGGUGUUGUUAUGUAGUUGUGAGGAGGAAUCAGGCUUGAAAAAUGAGGCAGAAAAUACAGGAGGAGAAAAAAAUGAAAUGGAACGAGGUAAAGAUGAAGGCGAACAGGCAGUGUCACACAUGGAGGGGCUUAUCAUUGGCGAUGAGAAGUCAGAGUUGAAAGCUGAAGACUUAAAUAAGGAUGGGAUGAAAACAGAACCACAUGGAAGGAAACGAGAAAACAUAGAGGAAAUCCAGAAUGAUAACAAAAGAAGGAAGGUGGAAUGUACAAAUGAAGAUUUGAUUCUGGAGCAAGAAGGUACAGUUCCUGGAAAAAAAGUAUGUAAAAAAGCCAAAAAGCUAAAAGAACUUGCAAAGGAAAAUAUGUCCCUCAUGAGGAUUAAUGUAUGGCAUCAAGUGUGGGAAGGUAGACGCAAACAACGGCGCAACAAGUUUGGAGAGAUGACCCAGAAAAUAGAAGUAGAGACUGCAGUGUCCCGUGCUUUGUCUUCUGGGACACUAGAUAAGCCGUGUAAACCUUUAAUGCAAAUUACUGUAAAGACCAAACAGACCAAUGAGGGAAAUGCACAGCUGCACCUUACUCCAGAGGUAGAUGAAUAUCGGUGCAGCAUGGAUUUCUUACACUUUUUAAAGGUCUUUUUGCCUCAGAUGGUGCAAGAAAUUAUAAAUGGUCAUGGCUGAGUUUUUUGAAUGACUUGGAUAUGAUUUAUGUCCAGGGAAAAAGAGAAUAUAUACUUUUUUUAGUUCACUUUAUUCCUUGGCCCUAGUGGAAUGUUACCAGCCUGUUAACUAAUGUAAAUAAAAUUUUAUCAUAUAAAAAGGACUAAAGAUGUGCUUUAUUUAA